AAUAGAAUAUUUGAUCUGGUAUUAGCUUACUAGAAAUCUUGUUUUAGUAAAUCGGCAUUGUCGAAAAAAUAUUUUAUUUUUAUUGAAACAACGGUGCGUCAUUUUGUUUCUACUGGAUAGAAUUUUUCGACACAAGAAGAAAAAGUAUUUUCUUUUCUCGACAAAAUCAUUUAUUUAUUCUUAUUGAUGGAAAAAAUAGAUCGAAUUGUAUGUCGAUGAUUGGACUACGCUUAAAAAUCCUAGAAUUGGCGACUUUUUUUUGAGAUUUUUCCGAAAAUUUUACAAACCAUAUUCAUUCAGUAUACUAAAAUGCGUGUUUUUCUGUACUUUGAAAGUCGAAAAUACAUUUUAAAAAAAUUUGGAAAAUUUAUAUAAUUUUUUCUGGAAGUACGAUUCGAGGCAAAGAAAAUGAUGUACUCAUUUUUGUCGAUAUCAUUGUUUCUGGCUGGGUUAUAUGCAUUUGAAAUUUUGGACGACGGAAUUCGUAAAAAAUCAUAUCUUUUGAAAAAAUCAAUAUGAAAAUCUGAAAUGAAUCAUGAAUGUUUCUUACGAGGUAUACUGUGACAAUAAAAAAAUAGGCUAAUCAAAAAUGGUGAGAGUCACAGACUAGGUGACUCGGUAUGGAAAUCCCCAUCUAUUUUAGAACUUGUUUGUUUAACAAAAUAAUAGCGACGAAUUCUUACACAGCGUAUUUACUCGUGAAUAAUGAUUUCAAAUAGUGGAAAGUCAUACUAUUCAGUUCCUAAAGUGGCCGACAUGUGACAUCUACACCAACGAAUUCAGACCUAAUUCGUGUCUAUACUCAACGAUGUGAACUUGCACUAGUGACCGUAUGUUUAAUACUACGUGACUCGACAUAGAAGCUAGAUGAUAUAUAUGAUAUAAAUAAAUUUUAUAUAUACAGAUUCAUCCAAAUAAUAAUUAUUACAUAUAAAUGUGUCGUAUUUUUCAAAGCAGUUUAACGUCGCAAGUUGUGGAAAUGGGUCUUACUUUACCUCAAAACUGGAGAUAAGUUUGAUGACGGAGUGCUUUCUCCUUCUUACUACUCCGGGCGCACGUCUAAUAUUACCAACUGAACGGAGCUUUGUGGGAAAAGCUUGGUAUUGUAUCAGUUUAAUAUAAAAUUAAAAUCAUGUUGAAACAAUAUUAUAGACGUAAAAAAAGCCGUGAUUUAAAAAGAAAACCGUAUAUGUUUAGUGGAAGUGAUGAUUAUGUUGUAAAGAUAAAAAAACAAAAAGUCAGUGAUGAAAAUCCGAGUGAAAAUCAUAACGUGGACGAUUUGCAGCAUUCUGUCCGUCACGAAGAAUCGCAUUUAUAUUGUCAGUCAUCUGAACAAUCCUUAGUCGUAAUAAGUGAUACUAUUUGUGCAUUGAACACUAAUAGUAAUCAGGUUUUAAGUCCACCUGUUGAAGACUAUAAUGAUCCCCCUGUAGGUAGCCCUAUUUAUUACGAGGACAACUGUGAAAUUCAGGAUUUGCCUCGUUCAAAUGAUUGUGAUGAACUUGAUGUUUUAUCGGUCAAUGAGAGCGAAUUUUCGGCAUAUGAGAAUGAAAUUUCAAAUAAUUCACCUAUACAUGGCAUCAAGGACAAGUUGCGUGCUUGGGUGUUGAAAAAUAUAGGAACGUUGAGACUUUCAGUGAUUUCUGAGUUACUUGUAAUUCUACGGAGUGAGGGAUACGUCUCUCUGCCAAAAACAGCGCAAGCCUUCUUGGGCACGACUCAUUCCCGCAAAGUGCAGCCUAUGCUGAGCAAUCGCAAUACUAGCGGCGAGUAUCUUUAUUUAGGAAUACAGGAGGGUCUCGAUAAGAGAAUUUCUUCCAACAUUUAUACCGAGGACACGAUACAAAUUUUAGUGCAUAUCGACGGAAUGCAAAUUUACAAAAAUUCUCGUAAACAGUUUUGGCCAAUAUUAGCUACGUUGUAUGACGCAAAAUAUGAAAGUACUCCUUUUAUUGCAGCGAUUUAUAGUGGCGAUUCAAAACCAAAGUCUGCAUCCGAUUUCAUGCGAGACUUUGUGGAAGAGGCGGCAAAGCUCAUACGGAUUGGUAUUUCAAUAGAUGGUAAACAAUAUGCGUUCAAGAUAAAAGCCAUAGUGAGUGACUGUCCUGCGCGAUCUUUCCUCAAAUGUUGCAAAGGUCACAAUGGCUUUUACGCAUGUGAAAGAUGUGAGACGAAAGGUGUCACAAUCAAUAAAAAAAGAGUUUAUCCAGAAAUGAACAGCAGAAAUCGAUCUAGAAAAUCAUUUAAAAGACAAAGACAACAGGAACAUCAUUUACCGGAUCGUAAAUCACCGUUAUUAGACUUACCGAGAUUCGAUCCUGUAUCAUUGGUGAUUCUUGAUUCUAUGCAUCUUUUAUUUCUUGGGGUACAAAAAUAUCUAAUGGAUAAAUGGAUAAAUAGAAGUAGUGCUUCACGAAUAACUCUUAGCAUGUUCAGAGUAUUUAAAGAGUUACUGAAGAAUCUAACACCGGAUAUUCCCAACGAAUUUCAGAGAAAAGUAUUUGACCUUGAAGACAUCGCGCAUUGGAAGGCAACUCAAUUUCGAUUUGUAUUACUUUAUUGCGGCCCAUUGAUUUUACGCCAUAUUCUACCGGAAGAUAAUUAUCAGCACUAUCUAUUGUUGUUCGUGGCAUGCCGUAUUCUCUGCAGCUCUGAAUUUGCAGUUGCCAAAGCAGAUUAUGCAAAUAAAUUAUUGCGGAAAUUCUUUUUCCUGUUACCUUCAUUUUAUGGCGAUGACUCUCAAAUUCUUAAUAUGCACAAUUUAAUUCAUUUAUCCGAAGAUGUAAAAACCAUGCAAGCUCCAUUGAGUGAUUUUUCAGCUUUUUGGGGUGAAAAUUAUAUUGGGUCGUUAAAAAAGCUUGUGAGAUCUCAAAAGAAACCAUUGGUGCAGGUCGUAAAUCGUUUGGCAGAAUUCGAGUCCUGUGAUUCGGUAAAAACACGACGACGCCGUGAAAUCACCGAAUGCAUUGUUCAAAAGUAUAACGAGGUUCAACUAUACCAACAUCAAGAGUUCGUAACUGUGCGCGGAGUAAGGAUGAAAGACGUCUUACUCAGUUCAGUUCACCCAAACAACGUUGUGCUACUUAAAGAUGGAACGAUUUUUCGCAUAUUACAAAUCCUUGUAAAAAAAAACAAAUAUCCAAGCCCUGAACGUACAAGUGAAAUAUGCUUCAAAGGACAAGACAUCAUAAAAGGAAAUUGUCGAAAUGUUUUCGAUAAGCCUCAUUUUUCUCGCGAAAUUGGUGUCAUGCGAGUUAAUAGAUUUGAACAUGACACACAGAUUCGAUCAGCUGACGAAUACAAGAGCAAGAUCGUUUUACUGAAAAUAAAAAACAAAAAAUAUGCAAUAUCCCUGCUGCACGCUUAAACGGUAAUUUUUCGAGUGAAUACUUUUCAUUAAUUUGUGUAAAAUAAUGGAAUAAAUGAAUUAUUAAACAGAUAAAUGGAUGAAUUAAUAAAUAAGGCCUUCAUUGGUCAGAAAUUGAAAAUAUUGAUAUAAAUAUAUACUAGGGUGAUCGGGACGCCCUCUAAAACUCUUCUAAAUAAAUUUAAAAAAAUCCCUGAAAAAUUUCAGCUCUUAAUAUUAACAAUCACCCGACCCCCGAGACGUCGGAAGUUUUAAAGGAGAAAACACAUGUAUUUUUCAAAAUCAAAUUUUGAAUUUUCAUAACUUUGUCAAUAAUCGACAGAAAGAUUCUUAAUUUGGCACGGAUCUGGGUACUUAUAUGAUGUAUAAAAGGGUGCAUUGGAAAAUUUUAAAUCACAUACAAAAUCUGGACGAAAAUUUAUAUUCUUUAUAUAAUGUUGAAAAAAAAAAAUAAAACUCAUGAGAAGAUUCCUCAAUUCAAAAUUGAAGAAAAAAAGACUAAAUACAUUCAAUAGUCUCUAAAAUUUGAAAGAAAACUCGUUCAAAUACCAAAAAGACUAAAUAAUUCUUUAAUUAUAGACAAACAGCGAAAAACUUGGGGAAA